AUGUCUGAUCUACACCAUUUGCUCACAUUUCCUAAAAGACCGUUGGAACGGUCGUUUUACGUCCCUGAGGUGACAAGACUUCUCAGUGCAGGUAUUCCAGCUACGUACACUUUGGAACAAGCAGCAGCUUACGAGAAGGGCGAGGAUGUGACCGAGGAGGACUCUAACACUACACCAUUGCAUAUUUUGUGUCGCUCGUUGCCGGUUUUUGAGAGUGACUCGAAGCUUGUAGAAGAAGAGGAAAAGGUGGUGCUGGAACUUAUGGACACGUUGUUUGAGUAUGGGGCAGGCUGGAACUUCUUAGACUACGAGGGCAAGCACAUUGGCGAUUUGGUAUUGGAGCGUGGAUACCCGCAGUCGCACAGGAUAUACCAGAGGAUAGUCGAUGCCGGUGUGUCUGCAGAGUUGUUGUUGCGUAAGAUCGACGGCGGUGAGAUUGAGUUCAUCGAUGGGCCAGAUGGGUCCGAUGGGGAAUCGGCUGAGCCAAAAGAACAAGAACUAGCUGCUUCGGGUGCUGAUAAAACUACAAGUUCGGAAUCUGCACCAGCACCAGCUGAUAACGUCGACGACGAUGCUACUGCUGCCGACCAAGCUACGUACUUGAAAACAGAACUAGAGUACACAGACGACGCCUUGGUCACCAAGGAAAACCGUGACGGUGUCAUGAUGGACUGGGAAACAGAUAUCAUGGCCAUGGCCGCCAAGUCGCUCGUCUCAACCGCCUCCCAAGAAGAAGAAGAAGAAUGCAUUGUCCUCAAUAUCGGCUUCGGUAUGGGAAUCAUAGACAAUUUCAUCCAAAACGAGAAAGCCGUUACCAAACACUACAUCUGCGAAGCACACCCAGACGUGCUCAAACGCAUGAAACAGGACGGGUGGUUCGAAAAACCAAACGUCGUUGUCCUAGCCGGAAGAUGGCAAGACCGCCUGAACGAACUCUUGGACCAAGGAAACGUCUUCUUCGACGGAAUAUACUAUGACACGUUCAGCGAACACUACCAAGACAUGCUCGACUUGUACGACGUCGUUGUCGGCCUACUAAAACCACAGGGUACUUUUUCAUUCUUCAACGGCUUGGGUGCCGAUAGACCCGUGUGCUACGACGUCUACCACAAGAUUGUCCAAUUGGACGUGGCUAACUACGGGAUGGAAUGCAAAUACACAAACGUAGACUUGAAGACUUUGCCCAACUGGACAAACGUUAAGAGAUCCUACUUCAAUUGUAACUACUACUACCAUCCAGAGAUCAGAUUUGUAUAG